AGGAAGACUAACUGUGCGCAUGACAUUCAAGAACUGUGAAGUGAAGGUCGAGAAAUUGCUCCAAGAACGUGAAGUUUAGACAAAUUUAAUUACAGCAGACCACAAUGUCAGUUUUAAGACACCUAACACGUACCAAUGGAUUAUUGGCAAAAGUUACCAGAGAAAUUUCCAAACGCAGUUAUGCAGACAUGUCAUUUACCUUUUCCUCUCCAGGAAAUGCUUACUACCAGAACGCCAAUGUGAAGCAAGUUGAUGUCCCUUCUUUGAGUGGUAGUUUUGGAAUCUUACCUGAGCACGUGCCCAGUUUAGCCGUUUUAAAACCAGGAGUAGUUACCGUAUUUGAAGAAGAUGGAUCCGUCAAAAAAUAUUUUGUCAGUGGCGGAAACAUUACCAUAAACGACGACUCGUCCGUACAAGUUUUAGCAGAAGAAGCCCACCCUGUUGACAGAUUAGAUGCACAAGCCAUACGAGACGGUUUAGCAAAGUCCCAGCAAGAACUUAAUUCUGCUACCACAGAACUAGCAAAAGCGCAAGCACAGAUAUCAUUUGAGUGUUAUGAAGCUUUGUCUAAAGCCUUAGAAUAACUUAUAAAUUUAUUUAAUUGGUGACGAAAACGUGCUGACUGUUGUGUAUCAAAGUAGAAACUAUAAAUUAACAAAAAAAAUAAAAAAAUUGUUAUUUGAUCGAGUGAAGUUGUUAUGAUCAGUUACUACAUACAUGACUGUCUGUGAAUGGACAUGUCACAACCAUCCUUGACUCUUAUUGAUAUUAUUAAUUAAAUUGUAAUUAAUGGCAGCGGUCAUCACGAGUCAAACCUCACAGGAAUACAAAGUCUGAGAUCUAUUAGUAUUAGUUAUAAUUUUCUUGAAGCUGAACAAAUGCUGUCGGCCUAUGAUAUAUCGCAAUGGGGAUGACAGGUCAUAGUUUUUGACAAAGCAUUGUCAUGUAAAUUUAUAGAACAUUUUCUGAUAUCCAACACUUCUACCACUUUCUUCUGUGAAAAUAUCCAAAAUAAAUUGACUUUAAAGAA